AUGUGUUUGAUCCCCUUUCAUACGAAAAAAUUAUUUAAUGAUUCACAAAUGAAGCCGUAUCGCACAGAUGAGUUUGUGCAUAAGCUAUUUUACGAAACUUCACGAUUUACAGCUUUCAACAAUCAGUGGGUUGUUACUGCACGAAUAAAUAACAGCCAACGAGAUCCAACUCAAAGCUCACAACGUGAUAUGACUUAUCAAGAAUGCUUAAUUCUCAAAACAAAAACUACAUGCCCACUUUCGCUUCAUUAUGUCACACUCAAAGGACCCUUUGGCGACAUGAAGGUUCAGCCAAAAAUUCACAGAUUCGAUUUCACUGAUCAAGAUAAUGAAAGCCCUUACUUACUUUUAGAUGCAGCUGGAUGCAAUAGACUACUGGCUGCAAAAGCCACCAGCUUUCGGCCUAUAAUGUUUUUCGCAUCUAAGUAG